AUGGUUUUCGGAAUUAUUUACUACGCAUUGGUUCUUCUUUUCGCGGGCCUUACUUAUGCUAGUGUUGAGGGUAAACUACCCAAGGUCCCUCAACUUCAACGUUUUACAAUUAUUGGCUUUUCUUUGAUUUCUGAAUGGCCACUACCUGUCAUAUUUAUUAAAAUUGUUCUGAUUAUUAUCGCUUCUGCCGUUGGAGUUUUCAGAGGCAUUAUUCCUCAAAUAUUUUAUAUUAUUGAUCUCCUAACUAUGGUUGGACUCGUAGUGAUUUUUAUUGACGCUUAUGAAGCCAGGCGAAAUAUCGAAAUUGCCAUUCAAUCUUAUUCUGAUUACCAAGAAUUACAAGAAUUACCAACAUUUACUAGUGAGACUUUUUGGCAACGUAUGGUCAACCCACGUUUCAUUCCUGAAAAUGUCACUCAUUAUGCUGAUAUCAAUUAUGUUAAUAAUCAAGAGUCAUUAGAAGCUAAAAAAGAUGGAUUUGAACAAAUGAAUUUUUUGACAUUGGAUGUGUAUGCCCGAAAAUCUAACACUUUGAAACCAGUUUUGUUGUUUAUUCCUGGUGGUGGAUGGAUAGGAAAGGGUGCUGUAUAUCCAUUAAUUCGUCAUUUGGCUGAACGUGGAUGGGUUGUAGUUUCUGCAAAAUCUAGACCUAAAUAUCCCACUCGAUUGUUGGAUGCGAAACGAGCUUUACGAUGGGUAAAAACAAAUAUCAAAUUUUUUGGUGGUGACCCAGAUUUUGUUGCGGUUGGUGGUGAUGGCGUUGUAGGACAAACUGCUGCCGCAGUUGCAUUAACACCAAAUGUGCCCGAAUUCCAACCAGGGUUUGAAGAUGUGGACACUUCUGUCAAAGCAUGCCUACUGAUAAAUGCUGUUACAGAUCUUUCUGAAAAGCAUUCCGGUUCACCAAGUACAGAUGAAUCAUUUUUAAAAAAACACUCGCCAAUACACCUUCUUCGAGAGGAUGUUGUCCCAUUUUUAGUGUUUCACGGUGAUCGUGAUGAUUUUAUACCUAUCGAAUCGUCUAAUCGUUUUGUUGAAGAAUACAAGAAAAGUAAUUGUUUAUGA